AUGGCGCUGGUCUCCUCCUCCUCCGCCACCGCCGUCGCGGCGCUCCCCAGCAAUGGGCUGGCCGGCGCCCGGAGCUCCUUCCUCGGCGCUGCCGGCAAGGCGGCGGCGUCGCGCGCGUCCUUCGCCGUGCGCGCCGCGGCGCCCGAGAGGCCCAUCUGGUUCCCCGGGAGCACCCCUCCUCCGUGGCUCGACGGCAGCCUUCCCGGAGACUUCGGCUUUGACCCCUGGGGUCUUGGAUCCGACCCGGAGAGCUUGCGGUGGAACGUGCAGGCGGAGCUGGUGCACUGCCGGUGGGCGAUGCUGGGCGCGGCGGGCAUCUUCAUCCCGGAGCUCCUGACCAAGAUCGGCAUCCUCAACACGCCGUCGUGGUACACCGCCGGGGAGCAGGAGUACUUCACCGACACCACCACCCUCUUCAUCGUGGAGCUCAUCCUCAUCGGCUGGGCCGAGGGCCGCCGGUGGGCAGACAUCAUCAAGCCCGGCUGCGUCAACACGGACCCCAUCUUCCCCAACAACAAGCUCACCGGCACCGACGUCGGUACCCCGGUGGUCUGUGGUUUGACCCGCUCGGCUACGGCACCGGCUCGCCCGAGAAGCUCAAGGAGCUGCGCACCAAGGAGAUCAAGAACGGCCGCCUCGCCAUGCUCGCCGUCAUGGGCGCGUGGUUCCAGGCCGAGUACACCGGCACCGGCCCCAUCGACAACCUCUUCGCUCACCUCGCCGACCCCGGCCACGCCACCAUCUUCCGGGCAUUCGCCCCCAAGUAAGGGACACGUUGGGAGUUAG